AUGACUACUGAGGAUGCUUCUGUGCCCCAAAAACAGAGCACAGAAGAAAUGGAAUCUACUGUUGAGCUCCUGCCUGUUGAGUUCCAGGAAUUGGUGACUGUCAAAGAUGAGGAAAUGGACUUCAUCCAUGUGGAGGAAGAAGAGCUGAAUUCUGCCCAGAGGUACAUGGGCAUGGAUAUGAAGGUGGAGACUUGUGGGAGCCUAGUAUUUUGGGAUUCUGAAUCUAUAUGUGAAACUAAAGAGUUUCUUUCAAAGCAGGAAAUGUAUGAAGAAUAUCAUCUAUCUGAAAGGGAGCUAAUAAUAGAAAGACUUAAAAAGGAUGAUUCCUGGGACUCCAGAUUUACAGAAGCCUGGGAAUGUAAAGGCACAUUAGAAAGGCAGCAAGGAAAUCAGAAGAAAGAUUUAAGGCAAGUCAUAAUUAAACACAAGGAAAACCUUGUGGAGGAGUGUAAUGAAAUCAGGGGAAGUUCAAACUCAAUGAAACAUCAGAACAUUUACUCAUUGAAAUGCAAUGAAUGUGGGAAUUUCUUCAGUUACUAUUCAGCCUUUAUCCUACACCAGAGAAUUCAUACUGGAGAGAAGCCCUAUGUAUGUAAUGAAUGUGGAAAGGCCUUCAGUCAGAGUUCAUCACUUAUUCAACAUCAGAGAAUUCACACUGGAGAGAAACCUUAUGAGUGUAACAAAUGUGAGAAAGCUUUCAGUCAUCGUUCAGCCCUUAUUCAACAUCAUAUCAUUCAUACUGGAGAAAAACCUUAUGAAUGCAAUGAAUGUGGGAAGGCCUUCAACCAAAGCAUGUACCUUAUUCAACAUUACAGAAUACACACUGGAGAGAAAUCCUAUAUAUGUGAGGAAUGUGGGAAAGCUUUUAAUGACAACUCAUCCCUUAUUAAACAUCAAAGGGUUCAUACUGGAGAAAAACCGUAUGGAUGUAAAGAAUCUGGGAAAGCCUUUAGUGGCAGGUCAGGCCUUACUCAGCAUCAGAGGUCUUGUAUAGAUGAAAAGCCAUAUGAAUGUAGCGAAUGUAGGAAAGCUUUCAGUUACUGUUCAGCUCUUAUUCAAAAUCAAAGAACCCACACUGGGGAGAAAUCUUACAAAUGUAAUGAAUGUGGGAAAGCCUUCAGUGACUGCGCAGCUCUUGUAAGACAUCAGAGAAUUCAUACAGGAGAGAAGCCUUACAAAUGUAAAGAAUGUAAGAAAAGCUUCGGUCAGAGCUCAUCCCUUACAAAGCAUCUGAGAACUCAUACUGGAGAGAAACCAUAUAAAUGCAGUGAUUGUGACAAAGUCUUCAGCCAGAGUUCAUUUCUUAUUCUACACCAGAAAACUCAUACAGGAGAAAAAUUCUACAAAUGUAAGAAAUAUGAGAAAACUUUCAGUGUGUGUUCAGCCUUUCAUCAACAUGAAAAAAUUCAUAAUGAAUAGAAUGCAGCAAAUUUCUAAAAUAAUUACAUAUUCUCACUAUGACUGUAAUGAUGAGCAAAGUUGAAGUACUCACAUUACCUGAUAACAAGAAUUACUAUAAAGUUACAAUAAUUAAGAUAGUGUGUAUUAGUGUAGGCUAGAUAAAUAGGUCAGUGAAACAGAAACGAGUCCUGAAAUAGACCCACCCACUUAAAUUGUCAUUUCAUUUUCAAAAAGAGGUGUCAGAGCAAUUUAACAAAUAGUGCUUGAACAACUGGAUAUUCCAUAAGGGGAGGAGGAAAGAACUCUUGGCCUCUAUUUCACUUUGUAUGCACAAAUUAAUUAGAAAUGGAUCAGAAACCUAAAUUUAAAAACUAAACUAUAAAAUACUUAGAAGAAAGCAUAGGAGAUUACCAUCAUGAGAUGUUGGUAGACAAAGAUUUCUUAGGACAGAGAAGCAAUAACCAUAAAAGAAAAAUUAUAAAUUAUACUUAAUGAAAAUUUAAAACUGUUGUUUUAUUUUCAUAAGUAGUUAAGAAAAUGAAUAGGCAACCCACAGACCUGGAGACAAUAUUUACGAAUCAUGUAUCUGUGAUCAUGUAUCUGUAGACUUGUGUCCAGAGUGUAAAGGGAACUCCGACAAUUCCAGAAUAAAAAGACAAUAACCCAACACAUAGUAGGGGCAAGAGAGUUGAACUUCACAAAAGAAAAUAUACAAAUAUUUAAGAAAUCCAUGAAAAAGUGCUCGAUAGCAUUAAUCAUCAAGGAGAUGCAAAUUAAAACCACAGUGAGAUACUACUACACACACCUGAACAGUUAAAAAAUAAAAAUUAAAAUUAAAAAUACAAAUGUUGGUAAGGUUGAGGAACAACUGGUAGUCUCAUAUAUUGCUGGUGAGAAUAUAAAAUGGUACAUUUUGAAAAACAGUUUGGCCAUUUUUUUAAGUAAAAUUAAAUGCAUGUUCUUUGACUCAGCAAUUUCACUCAAGUAUUUACAGUAAAAAUGGAGACAUAUGCCUGAAGAAAGAAUUGUUUUUAAUUUAUAAUAAAAACAAGAAACAAUACAAAUUUCCAUUAAGAACAGCAGGGAAAAUGAAACUCAUAUAUUCAUGCAAUACUACUUAGCAUUUAAAAGGAAUGAUCUAGUGAUACAUGCAACAACAUGGAUGUAUCUCACAGAUGUU